UUAUAUUUUCCGAUGAUGCAAUUUUUUCUUUAAAAAAGAAUGAUAUUGUUCGGUUUGCUUUUUAGAAAUAAAGGUGCAUUUUGUGAAUGUAUGGAUCUGAGAAUCAGGUUUUAGACGAGAAUUUGAUUUCGGUGAAAAAUUUAGGGAUGGAAUGAGCAAUAUAGUUAUAUUAGGAGUUAGGGUUCAAGAUUGAAAUUGAUAGUUUAUUAGCCCUCUAAUUUUAGCAUUCCCGUUUUGCAUUUUUAUUGCAAAUGGACACGUGGUUUUCAAUUUUAAUCGAGUGCCUGGAGGAAUGAGGUUUGUAACUGAAAUGAAGAUUAUGGACAUCAUAUGCAUUUGAUUCAACUCGGACCUCAAUUGUCUUUGAAUGGGAAGAGGUUUGAGCAUCUGGCAUUCCUAAAUCUGGCACAAAAUGUAGUCUGCUUAAUCUGGUCUUACAUAAUGAUAAAGAUUUGGUCCAGAAGCAUUGCUGGCGGUGCUCCCUGGUGGACAUACUGGAGUGCGGGCAUUACGAAUACCAUUGGCCCUGCCAUGGGGAUUGAAGCAUUAAAGUACAUUAGUUACCCUGCCCAGGUCUUGGCAAAAUCCUCAAAAAUGAUUCCAGUCAUGUUGAUGGGCACUUUAGUUUAUGGUAUCAGAUACACCUUUCCGGAGUAUGUAUGUACUUUCCUUGUUGCUGGAGGGGUAUCUACUUUCGCACUAUUAAAGACUAGCUCAAAGACUAUCAGCAAGCUGGCACAUCCAAAUGCACCCCUUGGAUAUGGCCUUUGCUUUCUGAACCUUGCAUUUGAUGGAUUUACAAAUGCAACUCAGGAUUCACUGACUGCAAGGUAUCCAAAGACAACUGCCUGGGAUAUAAUGCUGGGAAUGAAUUUAUGGGGUACCAUAUAUAACAUACUCUACAUGUUUGGAUGGCCACAGGGCAUUGGAUUUGAGGCAAUUCGAUUCUGUAAGCAGCAUCCUGAGGCAGCUUGGGACAUUUUUCUCUAUUGUCUCUGUGGUGCAGUUGGGCAGAAUUUCAUAUUUUUAACCAUAAGCCGAUUUGGCUCUCUUGCUAACACCACCAUCACCACAACCCGCAAGUUUGUUAGCAUUGUGGUGUCUUCAGUGUUGAGCGGCAAUCCCUUGUCAACAAAGCAAUGGGGCUGCGUAGUCAUGGUCUUCUCAGGUUUGUCAUGUCAAAUCUACAUCAAGUGGAAGAAGUUGCAGAAACUGCAGAAGAAGAGAAAGGCUGCAUGAAAAGGAAUUCUAACAAUUUUGAACUUCAUAUUCAUCCUUCCUCUCCACCCUCCCUCCCCACUCUGUUUUUUUCUUCUUUUAUAUGAUCAUUGUAGCCAAAAAGUGCAAUGAUUUCAAAUUUAGACAACAGCUAGGAAUCGGUAAAUGUAAGCGAAAUAGAUCCUGUAAUGAAAUAGCAAGUCAAGAUCCUUGUGAGAAGGCCCGGCCGUUCCUAAUAAUUUUCA